AUGUCCGAAGAGAAUCCAGAGAUGCGGGAAAUGGCAGCGCGCAUAUGCCGCGAUUACCUUUACGGAGUUUGGAAGCACGUUACCAUGGAGAACAUCACGUUGAAACGUAUCAGCGGCGGAUUGAGCAAUUGGUUAUAUAAUGUCCAGUUGCCCGACGGCACUGUUCCGAUCCGAGGCGAACCACGGCAAGUUUUGUUGCGACUGUACGGUCAAAUACACGGGGAGAGAGCUUUGGAAGGACUAAUCACCGAGUCGGUCAUCUUUACGUUACUGUCGGAAAGACGACUCGGACCCAAGUUACACGGCAUCUUCCCUGGCGGUCGAAUAGAGGAAUAUAUACCUGCGAGACCGUUGCUUACCAAAGAAUUGGCCGAUCCGACUUUAAGCUCCAUGAUAGCCGAGAAAAUGGCUCAGAUACACAACAUGCAAGUUCCGAUAAGCAAAGAACCAACUUGGCUCUGGGAUACUAUGGCCAAAUGGUUGGACACGGCUACUGAUAUAUUAGAAAAUAUCGAAGACAUUGAUGUUCGACAUUUGAAAAACGUCAACAUAGUACGAGCGAUCGACCUAGAUCACGAGAUUAACUGGUUCAGAUCUCUCGCAACCCGACAUAAAUAUCCGGUUGUUUUCUGUCACAAUGAUAUGCAAGAGGGUAAUAUAUUGCUACGACAAAAUACGCGGAAACCAGAACUAGUUCUUAUCGAUUUUGAAUACUGCUCUUAUAAUUAUCGAGCUUUUGACAUAGCAAAUCAUUUUGUGGAAUGGCAGUACGAUUAUACAGCAGCGGAAUAUCCUUUCUUUCAUGAACGUGCAGGAUCUGGUCCUACGAAGGAGCAAAAG